GUGGGAGCCUCUCCGUGUUCCCAGCACCGCCACUGUCCCGCAUGCCCAGCCGGGCAACCACUGAGCCAGGACGACCUCGCCACCAGACCGGGUCAGCGUGGGAGUGGUGGCAGCCGGGAGAACCCCCCGGGGACUCAGCGAUGCUGGGGCUGCGCCCGCGGCCGCUUCGGGACCGGUGAGCAGGGUGGGGGAAAGCCCCAUGGGGCUUCAUCUGCUUGAGGGGCCGGGCCAGCAUGGAGCCAGCCGGCGCCCUUCCCAACACCUCCGGUAACGGCAGCGGCGCUGGCAGCGCCCCACACUCACCCGCAGCCACGGGGCUCAUCCUGCUGGCCGCCCUCUUCGUGCUGCUGGCCACGCUGGUGGGCAACGCUCUGGUGGUGCUGGCCAUCUCCACCAGCCGGGCCCUGCAAGCCCCGCAGAACCUCUUCCUCGUGUCCCUGGCCUCGGCAGACAUCCUGGUGGCCGUCCUCGUCCUGCCCUUCUCGCUGGCCAACGAGGUGAUGGGCUACUGGUACUUUGGUGGGCUGUGGUGCAGCCUGUACCUGGCGCUGGACGUGCUGCUCUGCACCGCGUCCAUCGGGCACCUCUGCGCCAUCAGCCUCGACCGCUACUGGGCCGUCACACGGGCGGCGCGGCUCAACCUGCGCCGCAGCCCGCGGCGGGUGAAGGGCAUGAUCGGGGCGGUCUGGGCGGCGGCGGCCCUGGUGGCACUGCCACCGCUCCUGCGGCCGCGGCCGGGCGGGCGGGAGUGCCAGCUGAGCCAGGAGACCUGGUACGUGCUGGCCUCCUGCGCCGCCUCCUUCUUCGUCCCCUGCCUCGUCAUGGUCGCCGUCUACUGCCGCAUCUACCGCCUGACUGCCCGGCGGACGGCCGCCCUGCUCGCCGCCCGCUCCCCGCGCCCCGCCAGCGGCGACGGAAAGGUCUCGGGAGUUGGGAUGCCGGGGUGGCGGCGUCGGAGCCAGCACCAGAGCGUGUUGCUGUGCCGCCGGCGGCUGGUGCGGGCGCGGGAGCGGCGCUUCACCGUCGUGCUGGCAGUGGUGAUGGGGGCCUUCGUGCUGUGCUGGUUCCCCUUCUUCUUCACCUACAGCCUGGGGGCUCUCUGUGGGCAGGGCUGCCACGUCUCCAAGCCCCUCUUCAACUUUUUCUUCUGGAUCGGCUACUGCAACAGCAGCGUCAACCCCCUCAUCUACACCCUCUUCAACCGGGACUUCCGCGCUGCUUUCCGUCGGCUCCUCGCCGUCCCCCACCGGCACCGCACUUAGGGACCCACUGGGACACCGGGGACACGGCCCUGCUCAGCAUUCACAGCAUUCACAGCACCCGGCCCCACCACAGAUCCUGGCAGUGCCGGUGUGCA